AGUAAGUAUCCCUGAAGUCUAGACGCUGUGGGGCCUUCCAGUCUCACAGCUCCCAUUUGCUUGCUGCUCCAGUCCGUCAUCGUUGCUACGCUCAGCCUCGUUCACAAAUAGCUAUUCCGAGGUGAAAAUUUCAAAACAUUAUGGAUCCUUCCAUUGCUGCGGCGGCCGCUGCCGGCGACCUGUCCGCCCAAGUCGCGCUGUAUCAAUUCCGCAUAGCCUUUGCCAAUGCCGUCAUCAAAUCAGCGGUUCCUUACAUCGCAGCGUUCGGCUUCUUCGUUGGGGAUUGGAGCUAUUCCAUCUUUGCCGAGCUUGAAAUGUUGCUAGCGCCCUUCCGGACGAUCACUUUCGCCUACUUUGCCGUCAGGAUCAGCACCCUGUCUGCAUUCGUGCUCUAUCUGCUGCAACUCUUCGCUGGUGAUCACCCAGCUAUCAAUUGCGCCGCAGUCUUCAAGUCGAUAGCUGCGCUGGCCAUGAUUUCUGCGGCCGGAUCCUACUCCAUCCUCGCUCUUCGUGCACAAGCUCUUUUGAUGGGCAGGAAAGGCUUGACCAUCACAGUCUGGACAGCUUGCAUUCUGACCACAUUCUCCCACAUCAUCUUCUUGGCAACCUAUACGUCCCAACAGCCAGACGUCGGCGGCGUCACUGCAUGCCCCGUCACACCCACCUACGAGAGACUUUCCUCUCUAGUCUACUUUAUGGCUUUCUUCUACGAUCUCGGCAUGAGUUGCCUCAUGCUGUGGCUUUUGCACGGCGACGGAGGAAGCAUCGGCGGAUCUCACAGACCCGUUCGCGAUUCCUUGCUCCAAAGCACCGCCAGCUAUUUCGCCGUGAUGGUGCUGACAUCACUAAGCUGCGCGAUGCUGCUAGCAAUCCCGCCCGAUGGUUAUCCCUCGUUCGUCAGAGACCAAUUGAUCCCCAUUCACACCGUCCUCACUUCAACAAUGGCCUGUCGUAUCGUACGAUCCUUGCGAGCCGCAUCAGCACACGACAAAGUGCUGCGAGGCACAGCAACACUGUCGUCGAACAAUACCCUGCCUCAUCGCAGCUAUCCGCUGGCUCUGCAGACCUCGCGCGAUCGCAGCAAAACGCCAGACGAGGAAGCGCGGACCAGUCCCUACAAUAGGACACCAGGCAUGGACGAUGCGCAGUGCGACACGCCACCAUCUCGUCCCGUCUUGCCUGUCCCCUCCACGAUCCCCGCGAGGAACGUCAUGUCGGCUUUUGCGCGAGAGAACCGACAGACGGCGACUAAUGGCACAAACGCAUCGGCCAUGGAAGUCCUGAGGACCUUUGGCACGGUCGAGGAAGAGGAGAUGCGCGAUCGCGUCGACAGGACAUGGGACUAUCCCGAAGCUGGCCUGCGCAUCUCUCGCUCCUCCUACCACAGCCAAUCUGGAUCUCCCCUGGCGCAGGACGACGGUGACCAGACAGAAGAGAUGCGUUGAUGGACAUCCCAACCAGCAGAUGGAUCUCUCUGCUCAACGACUGUCGACGUGCCGGCACGCGUCCUCCAAACUUCAUAAUUUCUAGGUUUGACGAGGCUAUGUCGCUUGACCUGUCUGCUGUAUGUGUGCACAUUACCUGUAUGCUGAUCGUAGUCAUUUUGUCGACCGAGUGUGUCGCUGGUGCUUGAUAGGGGAAAUGACCAGAACAGGCACGAAUCACGUGAACGUAGCACAUGCAUUCAUUGAUACUGCCGACAAUUGCCGAUGACUAGGUUUGCAUUCCGG